UCUCUCUUUCUGUGUGUGUCUCUCUCUCUCCGCUUCCUCUGUUCUGUGGUGGUAUAAAUACUGAGAGUUGAGCAGAAGGUGUUCACUCCCCGUCUGGCUGUAGGUCUGAGUGUUUUGAUUAACUCAGUGCUGUGAAAUGCUGCAGUCGCUGGUUUCUCACUGGGGAGAGUGAAUAUAUUACAGGCUGAAUGAUGGAGGGUGUUUCAUGGAUAUUCCUGAUUCUGUGUCCCUUACUGGCUCAUUCCCAAAGUGGAGAUGGUGAUGCAGAGCCCAUUGUUGCUGUUUGCUCAUCCAUGAUCUCCUCUAAAACAAAUAACCUCACCUGUGAGAUGAACGAGGAAGAUAUCGACAGCAUCCAAUCCGUAAAACUUUGUUUUACUGGAUGUACUAAUGGCACCUUGGGGAAUAACAGCUUAAGCUUUGUCAAUAUACCAUCUCCUAUUGGAGCGUAUGAACUGCAAAUGUACCUGAAAGGAGGGGGCGUAAACAGGCAAAAAAUUGAUUUGGUGAAAAUAGUUAAAAUCCCAGUCCCUUUAGUAAAAAACGUCACUUUCAAGUCGGACAGGGUGCUUAUUUACAUUAAAUACAAGCACGACCUUGUCGAUAAGCCUACGUAUCAAGUGCAGGUGUGGGGAGCUGGGAAUAGAGCUACAGACAGAGAGUCAGUAUCAUGGGAAUACCAUCCAGUGAACAUUGCACAGCUUCUGAAAGGCAAUGGCGUCUACCAUGUACGCGUGAGAGCCAGUCCUGAGAACUCGGACAACUAUUUUAACGGCAGCUGGACGGCCUGGAGCCCGGUGAAAAAAUUUGAAGUCCAUAUGAAAGACGUGCCCAUCACAGAAGAUCCUCCGUAUAUCAUGUAUAUUAUUCUUUGCACAUCUAUGGUUGUGGUGAUUGGCAUCACGUUGGUGAUCCUACGAUGGAAGAAAAAGAUUAAAGCCUACAUUUCUCCAAACAUCCCAAACCCGAAGGCCACUCUUGCCCACAUCCACAGGGAAAAGGAGAGGCCACCCGUCAGUUUCAGCCCAGAAAUCUUCAACGACAUCAGCAUUAACCGAGUAGACUACGCUGAAGAGAAGCAGCUCGACCCUGAUCUCGAAGAAGAAGCUCAAGAUGACACCGCAGGAAGUUGCCAAAGUGAGGAGGAGGAGGGCGAUGAAGAAGACUCGAGCACAAGGGUUGAGGAGGAGAUGUCGCACCUGAAGAUUAAACUGCUGGAUCAGCCUGAGCAAGAAGAUAACCAGGUCGGCAGGACGAGUGUAGCAGGUGUCCGGAGAGACUGUAGGGAUGAGAGCUAUGUGACCAUGUCCAGCCUGUAUAGAACAGAGUGAGGUCACGGUCAGGUCAGGGCUGCUUAAAUUGCACAACAGUUCAUUCUGAUAUUAAUAGCUGCUCAUGUUAAAGUUUCUCUAAUGGAGGAAUGCUCAUAUCCUCAGGAACAGCACUGGAAUUUGGUGGAAGCCGAAGCCGAAUCUUAAGCAAAUGGUCUUAAUUUUAUUUUUUUGCUUGAUUUGAGUUGUGGCUUUCAUCCUUCAGAAAGUUGGUAACAGUGGCAUAGCAUAGGGGUACUCAUAGCUAUACUGCUCUUCAAUCCUGGUCCUGGUGCCCCUCUGCACUGCACAUUUUAGAGUACAGCCUGAUUCACUCGGUGGCCAUUUUUGCAACAUGAUCUGGCAGAUAUUUACGUUGAAUUUACACUGAUUUGUCGCAUCAACGCACAUAAACGCACUCAACCCCCCGCACAUUCCCCCCAAACCCCCCCAUCCCCCUGCGCCAAUUGGUUGCAUGUGAAAAUUACAAAGUUGUUCCCUGCAUCCUACAAUUAAAUAAUUUCAUAAAUGAAAAUUGGUUUUAUACAAGAUUUCUAUCCUAUAUACUAAUAAAUAUAUGAAUGUAUAUUUAUAAAUAUAAAAUGUUUGAUUGAGCUUCAUAACAUUGUCUAGUGAGCUAACAUAUAGGCUAACAAAAUAAAUUUUUCCAAUUAAAUUAUAUAUUAAUAUUUUCAAAACCCACCAGAGACCCCAAAAAUCUCGACAGUAUUUCUCCACGCUGUAUUACGCUGAUCAGAGUCCCUGUAAAUCAGCAGGGAUUGAUCAUAAAGGACAGAGAAGCUGGAAGCUGCAAUAAUAAGCUUUUUUUUCUUCCAUGUUUCUCUGUAACGCUUGAAUGCAGAACUAAAAUGUAAUCUUCUAAAAAAUGUAGCUUUACAGGAUGUUACAGAAACAAUGUUUCAUCAACAUUCUGAAAACGUGUGACGACAUAAUGGUUUGUUAUUACAAUGUUUCGUAUAACAUUUCCAGCUAGACGAAUACUAACAUUGUAGAUACAAUAAAAGUAAUAUUCCAAAAAGUACAAAUGAAAACACUGACACAUGUGCAGUACAGUGCAGUGACAAUAUACUACAAUGUUUUUAAAAGCAUUAAAUAAAAAAAAAGCUCAAAAAACGUUAACCGUAACAUUCAGAAAACGUUCUACUAACCAAGAAUUGUUAGCUGGGCUUUGGUCUCUUUCAAUGCGGAAAUUACAAAGUACUUGAAAGCUAAAUUCUGAUCACUAUAUUUUUUAACAUCAAUGAUAAAAUCUGACAAAAAAAAACAUAUUUAUGUAAUUGUUUGUAGUGUUUGGCUCAAUAAUGCCAAAAACUUGAAUUUACAGCUUGUUUUGGCUACUGCGCCUGCGCAGAUCUCCACAGCAACCUUCCUUCAGUCCUAGCACAACCAGAAAACUGAUUGGCUCUUUCUGUGAAAGGAGGGAAUUUUACAAGCAUUAUGAGAACUUCUGAAUCCAUUCAUACUGCAGUCGGUGUCUGGUCACCUCGAUAAUAAUGUUUCUACUUUAACACACCCAGCGAACCUCUGAAAGAGCCGGUUAAUCGACAUAAAGGACUCAGGACCAGAAUUGAAGAACCCUGGCUCAGGAGCUUAGGGAAAUGUAUGACAGGGAUAAAACAAUCCAUAUAUCACUCGCUGCUAAGAACCGCCUCUGAAUGUCCCAAUGACUUUUAUGAACUUCAAACGUUGUGGUUUAACAGUACUAUUCUCUUGGCUGCUCAGCUUUGCAAAUGCACUCAAGGGUUUUCUACCUGCACACAGUAUGAGUCAUCACAAUAUAAUGGCAAAUGAAUCAAAAGAAAUGUCCUGUGGGCUUUCUGUGUUCUGACACGCACUCGCAGUGAGGGCGAAGUACCUGUGAACGGAAAUGUAGAAAUCAAUAAUAAUAAUCGCAGGGACAGAAUCGCUCAGGAUGAUCCGGAAUGUAAUUGCCGUUUGUUGACUGUCGUUCUGUCUGUUCAGCUACAUAAGUGAUCUGCAGACUGCUAAGAAUGUGUGCACUUCAAAAGGCCUCACUGCGGAGGUCUUACAGUCAUACAAUAACUGCUGCUAGACUACAUUUACUCAUUUCUCACUGAUGUACAAUGAUCUGACAUGCUGAACAACAUACAGCAUAUUCUCAACUGUUACUUGUGUAUAGUUUGUUCAAUCAGAAAGUACUAUGUUUGAUUUGCAUUUCAUCAUUUUGAGGUUAAUAGCAUUAGUAUAUUGUUGCUGUUACGCAAAAAAAAAACUUUAUAACUCUUAAUUUUUUUUGUGUUACACAUUUUUGUACACAUUUAUUUCUAACCCUAACCCUAACCCUAGCCCAUUUUCUCCCCAAUUUGGAAAGUCUGAAUCUUUCCUUUUUGUAAACUUCAGAGAGCAUGGCCAGUUGUGUUCUGUCUCUCUGACUCUGGCUGCCGAUGGCAACGCAGCAUCACCCAGGAUUCUAACCAGCAACCUUCAGAUCAUAGUGGCAGUGACAUAUUUUGAAACAUUGUAUCAACAAUUUCAUGAUAAAUGACCCAAAAUGAAUGCUCUAGAAUCAAAUAUUGUGAGGCAUCAGCAGUCGGAGCCUGAGAGAGCCUAAUGGGCCAUGCUUUCUCUGUGUGGGUAGAUGGAGCUCUUGGAAAAGAGACAGGGUCUGACCUCACAUGUAUCAGAAAUAUUCUUUACAUAGGAAGGUUAAAAAGGUUUUUGUGUAACAGCAACACUAUAUACAUACUGACAUGGCAAAUAUCAUGGAACUUUGGACUAUUAUCAUCUCCCAUGACUUUUGCCAUAUCAAAUUGAUAUAAAAGAACACUGCAGUGUCCUUACUAUUCUAGCCAGACACAGCCAGUCAAUCUUUUACAACCACCCACUGCACUGUCCACUGUGGGUGGUAAUGCCCGGUUUUCCAUGGUACAUGUGACACUGUGGAUGGAGGAAUGUUAAAUACACACACAACUUCCAAAAUGGGCCGUCCCGUCCAUUUGAACCCACUAUCAGACUUCACUCCAACUCCCAUAAUUCACAUCUCCUUGCCAUGAUCAAACUGGCCAGUGUUCAAACUCACUCACAUGAUAACACCUCACAACUUACACAGAUGUAGGCAUUCCCAAGCCAUUCAAGCCUCGAGGUACACUCUGCUAUCUCAUGACUUUUGACAUAUGACCAUAUUAUAACCAUGAAAUCAUUACUUUUUAUUAUUUAUGUAUACAUUUAUUGUAAGCCUUUUUUUUUGAUGCAUUAAACUUAAAAAGGUUAAGUAA